AAAAUUCUUCCUCUUCAACUAACUUCAUCCCAUCAUCCUACCUCAACCACCGUCACCAAACCCCACUUCCUUUGUUUUCCUCUUUCUUCCCAAUCUCACCAACUUCUACCACCUCCUCUAUGUCAUGGACCUGCACCCCGAAACCGCAACGACCUCCUCUCCCACCUUCGCUUCCAUCGGCCGCAGGAGCCUCAAGGACAUGUCCAUUUCCGAGCUCAUUUCCGUUCUGCGCGCCGAUUUCGACACCGUUGAAGAGGUUUUGUUGGCCAGAGAUGCCAAACACAAAGCUGAGAUCAGUCCACUUUAUGAAAAGAUCGAAUUAGAGAGGCUAACGAGGCUUCGACUGGAAUCGGAGCUGAAGACGAAGCAGGAGGAGCAGCGUUGUCACAGGUGUGAGAGAACACAAGAGGGUUACGAAAUGUUGCUGAAGGAAGUGAAGAAGAGCGGGUUGAAUGAUUAUAAGAACAAUGCUAUUAUUGAAGAAUUAAGGAACACGAAUCGAGAGUUGGAGAUUCAAAAUAACAAAGCAACUGAUGAAUUGGCUACGAUUAGGAUCAGAUGCAGUCAAUUGGAGAAUGCAAGGAAUGUGAGUUUGGCUACCAUUGAGAAGCUUAGGGUUGAGAAUUGCAAAUUGAGAAAGGAAUUGAAUAAAGGGGUUAAUUUUGUAGUCAAAGAUGAACAAGACAAGGAAUUCAAUGAAAUGGAUGUUUGUGGUUCUGCCUCUUUGCAAAGAAUUAAAGACAUUGGCCAAAGCCAAUCUUCAUCAGGUGGACUGUUCUUUAAAGUGUUGGAUAUGGAUUCAUGCAACAAUGUGUCAGGGGAUGCUGCAUUUGAAGCUGUUGCUGAGGUUUACUCAGAAAGUGAUGACGAUGGACAUUUAGAACCAGUUCCUAGAAUGGAGUUUGAUUCCUUAGAAGCUGUUCAGACAUUUUACAAGAGGUAUGCCAGGCUAAUUGGUUUUGGUUGGAAGAUCAGGACCUCGAAAAAAGGGUUUGAUGGGAGACCAAAUUAUGUGGUACUUGCAUGCACUCGUGGGGAUCGCCGUGUAUCUAGUAUUUCGACAACUCUUCCGACCCAAUUCACAAAAUGUUCUGCCAAGAUCAAUGUGAAGAAAGGGAAAGAUGGAAAGUGGAUGAUUAGAAAGGUAGAUCUUGAUCACAACCAUGACUUAAGCCCUUUAAAUUUAAAAUACUCAGGAAACACGACUAUUAGCACACUCAUUUAGGAUUAAUACGCAUUUAAAUGCUUUAUUUUUCCUUUUCAAAGCCCAUGUAAAAAGCUUUUACUACACGUUAACUAACAAAACGCCACCGUUUGAGUUUUUAUGUAUAAUGUUGGACUUGAUUGGAACCUUUGCCUAAUCCCAUCUUCAUGAUUCUUAUAAAUAAAAUUCAUUCGUCAAGUA